AUGGCUGUUGGUAAGAACAAGAGACUAUCCAAGGGUAAGAAAGGUUUGAAGAAGAAGAUUGUCGAUCCAUUCACCAGAAAGGAUUGGUUUGAUAUCAAAGCUCCAUCUACCUUUGAAAACAGAAACGUUGGUAAAACCUUGGUCAACAAGUCCACUGGUUUGAAGAACGCUGCUGAUGCUUUGAAAGGCAGAGUCGUCGAAGUCUGUUUGGCUGAUUUACAAGGUUCUGAAGAUUACUCUUUCAGAAAGGUCAAAUUGAGAGUCGAUGAAGUUCAAGGUAAGAACUUAUUGACCAACUUCCACGGUAUGGAUUUCACUACUGAUAAAUUGAGAUCCAUGGUUAGAAAAUGGCAAACUUUGAUCGAAGCUAACGUCACUGUCAAGACUGCUGAUGAUUACGUUUUAAGAGUCUUCGCCAUUGCUUUCACCAGAAAACAAUCUAACCAAGUCAAGAGAACUGCUUACGCUCAAUCUUCCCACAUCAGAGCCAUCAGAAAGGUUAUUUCUGACAUCUUGACCAAGGAAGUUCAAGGUUCCACUUUGGCUCAAUUAACUUCCAAGUUGAUUCCAGAAGUUAUCAACAAGGAAAUUGAAAACGCUACCAAAGAUAUCUUCCCAUUACAAAACGUUCAUAUUAGAAAAGUUAAGUUACUAAAACAACCAAAAUUCGAUUUAGGUGCUUUAAUGGCUUUACACGGUGAAGCUUCCGGUGAAGAAAAGGGUAAGAAGGUUUCUGGUUUCAAGGAUGAAAUUUUAGAAACUGUUUAA